GGCAUCAGUUCGUUUAAUACGUCUGCUCACAAAUUUCAAACAAACCUAUAAAUAUCUCUCUCUUCUAUCGUCCGUAGACUUCCCCGAGAAGUCCGUGCUUUGUUGCAACCUCCAUUAAACAAAGAGAGGAGAAGCAUCUUCCCCUCUCGCUCUCCUCCCUCCUUCACUCAAUUUGGAGCAGAGCUCGAGUCGUCGACGCCCAAUACAUGACGGCCUCCGGCGUCGCCCCGCCGGAGGCGCCGGCAAAGAUCAUCUUCGGCAAGUACGAAAUUGGCAGGCUCCUCGGCUACGGAGCCUUCGCCAAAGUCUAUUACGCCCGCCACAUCCUCCAGGGUCACAGUGUAGCGAUUAAGAUCAUCAGCAAGGCAAAGGUUAUCCGCGGCGGCCUCGUCGUUCACACCAAGCGCGAGAUCGUCGUUAUGCGCCGCCUCCACCACCCAAAUAUCGUUCGACUCCUCGAAGUCCUCGCCUCCCGCUCCAAUAUCUACUUCGUCAUGGAGUACGCCAAGGGAGGCGAGCUCUUCUCCCGCGUCGCCCGUGGUCACCUCUCCGAAGACCAAUCCCGAAAAUUCUUCCACCAGCUUAUCUUCGCUAUCGCCUUCUGCCACGCGCGCGGCGUCUUCCACCGUGAUCUCAAGCCUGAGAACCUCCUCCUCGAUGAUUCCGGUAAUCUCAAGGUCUCUGAUUUCGGCCUCUCCGCUGUGGCCGAACAGAUUCGCUCCGACGGCCUGUUUCACACGCUUUGCGGUACUCCGGCUUACGUUGCCCCUGAGAUUCUCUCCAGGAAGGGCUAUGAAGGGGCUAAGGUCGACAUUUGGUCCUGCGGGGUCAUCCUAUUCGUUCUCAGUGCUGGAUAUUUACCCUUCAAUGAUCCCAAUUUGAUGGCAUUGUACCGUAAAAUCUACCUCGGUGAGUACCGAUGCCCUAAAUGGAUUUCUCCCGAGCUCCGUCGGCUGCUUUCCAGGCUUCUUGAUACCAAUCCGGAGACAAGGAUAACCGUGGAGGGAAUUCUGAAUGACCCCUGGUUCAGAAGGGGGCUGGAAGAGGGAAACAUGUUUAGAUUGAUGAGAUUCCGGGAGGAUAUCGAAGAACGGAUUGCGAGGAUCGAGAGGGAAAACGAUGAGGACGACGACAGAGAUCUCAAUGCCUUCGAUAUAAUUUCCCUUUACUCCAGAUUUGACCUAUCCGGCUUCUUCAAUUCAACCGUUAAGGCGCGGAAGCGUUUCGUCUCGGCCGGGCCUGUCGAUGCGGUGCUUGUGAGGGUGGAGACGGUGGGAAGGGAAGAAGGGCUCGUGGUUCGCCGGCGGCUGAGGAGUUUGAAGGGGCGUGGCGCCGCCGCCGUGGAGGGUUGGAUGGGGAACCUCAUUGUUUGGGUGGACGUUUACCGUCUAUCGCCGGAGUUAGUGAUGGUGGAAGUAGAGAGAGGCGGCGGCUUGGAGGCAGCGCGGUGGAGCUUUGAGUUCUGGAGGGAAAAGCUUACCUUGGGUCUGAGAAGUUCGGUGAGCGAGCCGCCGACACCUGUCUGCGCGACGUCCGGUGAGUUGUCGAGCGGCCCGUCUACACCGGUUACCGGAGGGGCAAAAAGAAUAGGGUCGGCGAGCGAACCGGCGUCGCCGGUCUACGUUGAGGAGAAGGUGAUGUUGGAAGGCGAACCAGCGAUCAACGGCAAAUGAAUGAUAUUGUUCCCAUCUUAGUUCGACCGUUGGAAGGCGCGUGAUGGUAUCUACACAUGCAUGGAUCAGACUGGCUCAUAUCCUUGCAUUAUUCUUUAUAAGUGUAAAAUUUUAUUAUGCAUGUAUGUAUGCACACUCGAUGGUAAUGCAUUAAAUUUUUUUUUUUUGG